AUGGAUCCAAGACACCAGCAGCACCAGCAGCAACAGCAGCCGGCGCCACAGCUCCCGUUUUCACGGAACGGGAACGCUGCUCCAGCUUCUGCCCAAAACGCGAACACCACCACCACCACCGCCUUUGGUCGCCCACCAUUUCCGCCCGCGUCAUCGCAGCCACCAGCACCACCACAGCCGUCACUUCAACCACACGCGCAGCAUCCUCAUCCACAUUCUCAUCAUCUGCAACAACAACAGCACCCGCAGCAACAUCAACCACAACUACCACCAUCGCAUCGUUCUCCGCCGCAGCCAGCGCACCAGCAACCACCGCCGCCGCAGUCGCAGCGCUAUUCGCCGUCUGCCCAUCCGUCGCAUUCGACUUUUCAUGCGGAUCUGCACACGCGCAAACUCUCCGAUCCGAUCCAGUACUACGCUGGUCCGCCCCGGCAUUUGCGACACGAAUCCGGCCCGAUGAUGCCCCCGGCGCAUUCGCGACACCCCAGCGCUUCUUCGAUUACAUCAGGGCCCGGCCCCGUUAAUCGCGCGAUGCCGCCGCCGCCCACAUCCCCUCCUCAGCAGGGGCCGCCUCCUCAGGGUCCCCCGCCGCAAGCGCAUCCGCAACAGCAACAUCCCCAGCAACACGCGCAACAACAACAACAACAUCCGGGCUCUCAUCAACAGCAGCAGCAGCAGCAGCCACCACAGCCGCCACACCCUUCUCAACAAGGUCCGCCGCCGAAUGCGCACCAGAUGGGUGGAUCCUAUGGCAUCCCGCCUCCUCGAGCUCCUCCGGUCGCCAUCGGGCCACCCAGCGCAUUUCCUAGGGACCGCCAGCUCCCGGCCUUGGAGACUCUGCCUAGGACCGGCUCCGGCAGCAGCAUGUCCAUCUCCUCCAUGCUCGGCGGCCCUCCCCCAGCUCGCGAUCCCGGCGUUCCUGCCGGUCCAUACCCGCCUGGACCCCCCUCGGGUGUGUCAGGUCCGCCCUAUAACCAACCCAUGCAUGCAUCCCCUCGAAUGCACACGAUGGGCGGUCCAGGUCCCGACUUUGGCUUCCGCCGACCACAGACACCCGACCGGCACAGAUUGUUUGAUGGCCGCGACCCUCGAGACCCACGUGAUGUUCGAGAUCCGCGCGAUCCUAGAGACCCGCGAGAUCCUAGGGGCGAUCCCAGGGAUCCUAGGACGGGCAUUGCUGUGUCGCCUUCGGGUGGCUACACCCCGGAGGUGCAGCGCUAUGGUACACCGCAGGUCUAUAGCAAUAGGGGACCGCCACUAACUGCUGCAGAACAAGCAAGGGAGCAGGCACGUAUGGCUGGGACCGGGGUGCCGCCGCGGCCCAACAGCCAGCCCAAGUCCUUCCCGAAUGCUCCUCCGCCACGUCCCAUGGAAAUGGGUAGACCACCGUCAGGCGACAUGUAUGGGCAUAGAGAGGACAGGCGAACGGUCGAAGAAUACAACCCCGAGCGUCCCAUUCGAGGGCCCAAUUACGAGGAGCAGCGGUUCAUGACUGAAAGGGAACGGCAAGAGAGGGAGCGCCAAGAAAGAGAAUUCCAGGAGAUGCGUGAGAGGGAGCGCCGCGAGAGGACCAUGUCGGGGAGUGACGCUGGACGGCCACACCCGAUGCAACAACAAGCCGAGUAUGCUCGCCAGAUGGAGCAUCAGAGAGCCCCCCCUCAGUUUGGUCGACCUCCUGACCCACGAGAGCAAGGUCAUUGGCACAGGCCGAGCUUUGAUCAGGCCCGAGGUCCUUACGAUCAGCCCGGACACAUGGCCAGGCAUCCGCACGAGCAUCCGGUGACCACUGGGCCCCCGUACAAUGGCCACCCGUCGUAUGCUACGGGUCCGCCGCCGGAUCGGUAUCCUCCGUCGUCGCUCCCGCCCCAUCAGCAACACUCCAUGGCAACUCAUGGUCCGGGUCCUAUGCAGUUUGAGUCUCCAGAACAACGACAAAGGAUGAAUAUGAUGCAUAUGGAGCAGCGGCAACAGCAGCAACAGCAGCAGCAGCAGCAGCAACACCAACAUCCGUAUUACAUGCAGCACCAGCAACUCCCCCCUCGUAGCCGAGAAGACCAGCCCGUGCCCCCUCCGUCAGUCGCCUACAGUGGUGUGGGUACAGGCUCUUUGUACGGUUCCCCGAGAAGUCGUCAUAUGGAAGAACUGGCUCCCUCUGGACAUCAGCGGAACUUAUUGGGCAUUCAGGAAAUUAACCGUAAAGGUCGCCUUUCGCCUUUGCCCCAGGCUGUCCAAGGUGCCCAACCCCAGUUGGCUGGCCCAACAGGCGAACCUGGCAUCAAGAGCGAGUUCGGACGUAUGUUUUCCGGAAUUGGUACCGGCGUUGGCGCCAUGAGCCCAAUCCCCACUGGAAUGCAGCAGCUUCCCUUCACUGGAGCCAGCUUGAUGCGCCGCGAGGAUUCUGACGGGGUCCCACAACCCCAAGAACUCGCCGAACCUGGACCCAAGGGCCCCGGCCGUGGUAAACGUAGAAAGCUCAAGGACGACGAGUCCAGAAUGGAUGAGGAUAGUACAGGGAGGUUGACUCCCGUGGGGGGUCGCGGCAAAAGAACCAAGACCCAUCAUACCCACCACCAUCAUCACCAUCACCACCACCAUCAUCGGCAUGAUCUCCAGCAAGGCCCUGGGCCUGCGCUCAUGGGGAACACUCCGUUCAAAAACGUGACUGGUGCGACAUCCGUGCCUCCGCCCAAUGCGAUGCUCGCCAAGGACUUGCCGACAACUCACCAUCAUCACCAUGUUGUUCCUCGAUCGAUGCCGCAUCCCCAUAACGGUCUAGUUAAAGCGGCUCCGGUACAACCCCCGAGUCCCCCGCCGGUCCAACUGCCCAAGCCCAAGCAUGAGGUCAACUCGAAAGAGGUGAUGAAAAGCGUGGCCGAUCUUCCGCGGUCACACCUGGGUGAGGUUGUGUACGAUCCCAAGCUGUCGCCAUCGCGGAGGCAGGAUUCACGCACUAAAAGGCCUCCACGUCAACCUUUCAAGUCGACCCCUCGACCUUUGCCGUGGGAUUUGAUCCAGGGUAAGGAAAAUUGCACCUUGACAGUGAAGAUUAGCAAGACCCAUCUCACCCCAGAAGCACGGGAGGAGAUCACUUCCAGGAGAGCUGUCUGGGGUACCGACAUCUACACUGAUGACUCGGAUGUAAUUGCUGCCUGCAUCCACGCUGACGAGGCUGGCUCGGAGGUGUACUCUGAACCCCCUCGGAACGGCCCCAUGGCUGUACCAGCCAACCGCGAUCUUCACGUUACCCUCGUUAUACUCCCCAAGCUCGAAAAGUACGCCUCCACCACGCGCUUCGGCAUCAAGAGCCGCGAAUGGGGCAGCGUCCUUGAAGAAGGCGACGGCGUUUACUCACGCUCGUCGCACGACGGCCUCAGCUUCGCCAUCCUGGACAUUCGCUGGCUCGUCAAUGGCGCGCAGCCCGUAGGCCGACUGAGAGGCAAGGCCAGACGUGAUAGAAUAAACAAAGCUCUUCGGGAGAUUGCACAAAGCCCACCUUUUUCUAGUUUCAAUAAGUUGGGACAGAUCAGACUGAGCGGGACACCGCAGGAGCAGCGUGAGAAGGAGUCUGACGAGGGCCAGCAGAGUAGCAAGUGGUGGCCGUCGGCUGGGGCUGGCAGGAAGGCUGCGGCUGAUGAGGAUAAGGAGAACCAUCAGCCAGGUGAGAGUGUCGCUGAGCCCAAGGGGAAGGAGAAGGAGGGAGAGAAGGAACCGGAGAAGGAAGUCGAGGAGCAAAGAGAAGAGGACCAGGACGGGGAUGUAACGAUGGAGUUGGAGCCUGAGGCUCAACCGGCGCAGACAAGGGACAAGAGUCAAGAAAAGGAGCAGGAGAAGAAAAAGCCUGACGGUGAAAAGGAGGAUGUGGAGAUGACCGAUAAGCCUGUCGAGAAGGAGGCAUCAGAAGAGGCGAUGGAAGAAGAUAUGGAGGUGGAAAAAACUGGUCAACCGGAGCCUGAGAAGGAGAAGAGGCAGGAGAACGGGCCGGAGAAGAGGGUCGAGCAAGAGAAGGUCACCAGCCCUGAACCCAAGGCAAAGGAAGCCGAGCCCGAGCCCGAGCCAGUCAAGGAAACCGAACCAGUGCCCGGCACUCCACCCGUAUCCAACCUCGAUGCCCCUGCUAAACCUCCCGCGGAGGUCGAAAAGACUCCUGUACCGGAAACGGAAACCGAAACUGCGGAUGACAAUGACGAUACCAUCGUUGAGGAACCGGAGGAGGCGGCAGAGGAGCCAUCAAAGCCGGCGGAGGAAGUCGUGGAAGCUGCAAAACGUGCCGCCGCCGAGCCAGAUGCCGUAAAGGCUGUGGUCACGGAGACCACCACGGAAGUCAGGGAAGAUACGGUACCGCCUACGGUUGCUUCGGAAGAGUCGGCUAAAGCUGUCGCUUCGGUCUCUCCUGCCUCUCCUGCCGCUCCUGCUGCUGCAGCAGCUGAUCACGACGCGGCUGACGCGGCUGCUGCGGCCAUCAUUACUACGAUUACUAGUACGACUACUACCGCUACCGUUACUGCUAGUCCCGCCGCUGCCCCUGCCUCUGCCUCUGCGACCGAGGAGGCUAAAGAUGAGGACAAAGACAAGGAGGAAGCUUAAGCAGAGAUUUGGAAAGGAGGGAAAUGUGGCAUGAUAUCACACAAAGUUUUGGGGCAUCGAAAUGUGAGGGAAAGGAAGCACGGAUUGCAAGUUGUUAAAAAGUGUAUGACUGUCUGUGUAACGAAAGAUAAAGAAGCGUUGCAUUGCAUUUUGCCUGUUUUUGUUGUGUUGCCGCUGGGCAUGUUUGAUACCAGGCUGUUGUUGUUGGUGGUUUAGUUGAGUUGAAAUGAAAGAGAACGUUUUGCAA